AUGGCCAACACGACUAUUGCAAAAUUUCCUUCGAGUUUGUUUGAAGAAUUGAUAAAUGAAAAGCAAUUGAAUUUAUAUGAAUAUGAGCAAUUUAACGAGAUUGAAGAAAUUAGUAUAAAGGAAGAGCGUAAUAAAAUUUAUAAAGCAGAUUGGAAAUUAAAGAAUGUUGUUGUGACAUUAAAAGAAUUGAUGAUUGAUGUUACUUCUCAAGAAAACAGAUCUAUUUUACAUUCUUUUAUUGAUGAGCUCAAGUUACGCCAAAAAACCCUUUACUUGCCAUCAAACAACAACUCAUCGUCUUCUCCUUCAUUGUCUUCUUCAAUAACUCAAGAAUCGUCAGCAAAAGGAACACCACAAAGUUAUAUAGAUCUUUACAAAAAUUGUUGGAAUGAUGACCCAGAUAAAAGACCUGACAUUAACGAAGUUAAAAAAAUACUAGCAGAUACUGAUUCAACAUUUUUUGGAAAUUUACUAAAAUUCUUUAUAGAAUUAUUAGAAUUAUCAGGUGAUAAUGACUAUAUAAUAACCAGUCUAAAGGGAUUUUUACAUAAUCAUAUGAGAGAACACAAAUCAACUUUUAAAUCAUUACUAAAAAAUUAUAGUGAUGAUUCAAAUUUUAAUUUCAUAAUAGGAUUUUUCUAUGAAAAUUCUAUUGGUACGGUGCAAGACAAACAAUUAGCUUUCAAUCAUUAUGAAAAAUCUGCAAAAACUGGUAAUUCCAUAGGUCAAUAUUUUUUGGGCAGAUGUUACUAUUGGGGAAUUGGGAUAAAGAUUGAUAGAAAAAAAGCUUAUGAAUGGUUAAAAAAAUCUGCAGAUAAUGAUAAUUUUAAAGGUAAAUGGUUAUUGGGCUUAUGUUAUGAAAGAGGUUAUGGUACAACAAAAGAUUUGCAAAAGGCUUUUGAAUUAUUUUUGAGUUCUGCUGAAAAUGGUAAUGUUGUUAGUCAGAUGGAAUUAGGCAGAUGUUAUGAAGAAGGUGUUGGCACAAAAAAAAAUAUUAAUCAGGCUAUUGAGUGCUAUCAGCAAGCUUCUAAAAGUGUUAAUAAUAGUCUGGCUCAAAAGAAACUGAACAAUUUGAAAAAAAUCUUGGAAAAUAAAAAGAAAAUUUUGGAUCAAAAAAAAAUUUGA